AUGCUAGAAAUCAAUUUAUUACCAGAAUUUGGUUGGUCUAUUAAGAAUGAACCAGUCUAUGGUCCUGGCUCUGUCUUUCAAGGUUUUGUGAAAAUCAGGUUAUCUGAAGAAGAACUACAACAAUCUCAAAGGCUACGUGUCAUCUUUCAUGCAACUGAGAUGAGCUUUAGUUCUGCCGAGAUCAUGCCAAUGCAUCGAAACCAAUUGUUUGGAUCACAAAAAGUGCUGUGGAGAAGACAAGACACUGAUAGUAGCCAAAAGAAACUAGAACCAGAUACAGAAGCAAUAUUCCCUUUUAUUAUUGAGCUUCCUAUGAUCCAGUUUCCUCCAUCUUCUCAAACUGUAUCCAGUGACAAAAUGUUUUCUUAUCAGUCUGAUUUUGUACUCUCAGCCUUCUUAGAUCCCACUAAUGGUAAAGAACCGAUCAUGAAAUCGCAUAAGUCUGUACUCUACAUGCCUUUUGUGGAAACCAUGUUAUUCAAGAAACCUGUGAUCAUCUCACCUAAAUCAAGUCAAGGUAGUAGUAAUGAAUCCGAUGUCACUGUCAGCAUGUCCGCCAUGGACUAUCUACCUGGAGACGCGAUCCAGGCCAAGAUGUUGCUAAAAAACGCGGCCAAGUUACAAGCUGAGUCUGCAUCAGUAAAGUUAUACCAAAUACAAACAUGGAAAAAGAUUCCAGAUAUGAUCAAGAAAGGAAGAGUACCCAACACAGAAAGAAAAUACAAGCAACUCAUAGCAUCCAACACCAUCAAGCUUUCUGAUUGCAAAGAUCAAGGUCAGUCAUCGAGCAAAUCCAUAUCAUCUACGUUUGACAUCAACCUGCCGAUACCUGCAGAAACAGUCCCUUCAUUUUCUUACAGUCCGAUAUUUUCCAUUGGAUAUCAGUUACAGAUCAACAUUAAACAAAAAAAGAUAUGGUCAGCCUUGCUAGAAUUACCAGAUAUUCCGAUAACAAUCGGUACUUUGGGUUAUGGUAUUCGAUCCUCACAAGAACUAAAAGCAUACUCUGCAUUCAAAAGUGUCUUUGAUCAAGAACAAGAUAAUACUGACACAUUACCAGUUCCACGAUACCUGAAAGUAGUAGAAUAUGAGGACUGCCUGCCUCCUUAUGAAGAUCAACGAUUACCGCUAUAUGAGCACGUGAUGACUGAUACUGUCUCCUAAGCUGAUGACUCAUUAAAAGCUUUUUGAGGCUUGUGUAAAUACAUUAUAUGCAUGUGGAUAUGUUGAAACAAGAAUAGCAUUUCCCCAAAAAAGAGAUGUGAAUAUGAUAUAAUUUAUGCCAUUUAUUUAUUUAUUUAUUUUUACUAUUUGCAAUAAAAGAUUACGGUCAUUGGGAUACUUUGUUAUUAUUGUUUUUUGUUGCUUUUUACAUUGGGAGCAUUGGGAACGUUGAAUAAUGUCUUGAGUUCAUGGUCAGUGAACCCGGUUCCGGCUGAAUCAGGGAACAGUUCUCUCAGCAUUCUAGGGAAGACACGGUUAUUUUGAUCAGGUUCACCGCGAAUAUAUUUGAAGCCCCAGUUGGUCAAGGUAAUAGGUGUCAU